AAUCUUCCUGUCCGCCUCUCGUCCACCCCUUGGCCCCCUACCGGUAUCGCAAGGGCCGCAGAACGUCGUCCGUCACUGCAGUAGUCUACAUCACACUCAUCAUACCACUCUACUUGCGAUGAGCGACUCCCAAGUCGAGUCCUCCAAGGCCUUAGGUCUAGCGCGGAAGUAUGACGACCAAGGCGAUCUAGCCAACGCCAUCAAGUGGUGCAAGAAGUCCAUCUCCAUCCACUCUACCCCCGAAGCUUCGGCGCUCCUGAGCAGACUAGAGACAAAGGGCGUGAAUGGCGCAAGUAGCUCUUCCACUUCUGCCUCGACUCCUGGUUCGACUUCGGCAGCCAAUGGCGGCGCAGGUGGGGCUGCUGCUAAUGGGGGAUCAGCUGCCAGAGCUCGAACGACGGGCAGUGGGGGAAAGGAGAAGGCAAAGGAGGAGGCUAGAGCUUACACACCUGAGCAGGCUGCAGUGGUUGCCAAGAUCAAGGCAGCUGGGGGAGACUUCUACAAAGUCCUCAGUGUAGAGAAGACGGUUGAGGAGAAUGGCAUUAAGAAGGCAUAUAGAAAGCUCGCUCUCCAAUUACAUCCGGACAAGAACGGAGCACCCGGAGCAGACGAAGCCUUCAAGCUGGUAUCGAAAGCAUUCACGAUCUUGUCAGAUGCCGACAAGAGAGCGCAGUAUGAUCGCUAUGGAGGAGAUCCAGAUCAAAGAGGAGGCGGCGGCGGAGGUGGUGCCGGUCCGUCUAUGUCACCGUUUGGCAGACCCGGAGGAGCAGGCAUGUACGGCAGGGGUGAAGAGAUCGACCCACAAGAUCUGUUCAACAUGUUCUUCGGCGGAGGUAUGGGCGGCAUGAAUGGCUUCGGCGGCGGUACGACGUUCAGCUUCGGCGGUCCAGGCAUGCAGCGCACCUACCAUCGAGCAGGUAUGCAGCAACCUCGGCGGGGUGCUCGCGCAGGGCAAGCGCCCGCAGAGAAUCCCAAUCUGCUACUGCAAUUGCUUCCGAUCUUGCUACUGGCCUUCUUCUCGCUGUUGAGCUACCUGCCCUCAAUGAUGGGUCCCAAGGAGCCAGGAUAUACUUGGGCGCCCUCGGGUCGAUUCAGGGAGCAGCACAUGACUGGUGGGAGAGGUGUGGCAUACUAUGUCGAUAAGAGGGAGUGGGAGAACAAUGAGUACAUCAAGACGUCUGGGGUGGGCCCGCGGUCGAACGGCCUACGGUCCUUCGAGGCGAAGGUGGAGAACAGCUGGAAGAAUGUCCUAUAUCAACAAUGUUCCAGCUUCCGCGACUACCAAGAACAACGCAUUGACCGUACGCGGGGCUUCUUUGGCAUUGGAGCUGAUCGGGAGACGGAGCUCAAGAUUCGAAAGGAGAAGAGCCCGGCCUGUGAGGAGCUUCUGGACUUUGGACUGUCGAUCCCGAUUAGGGCUUGAGCGAGGGAGCGGGAGUGGGGGUGAGAGGUGCGGAGGGAGUGGUGUACAUCGGAUGGGAGCGCGGUAGAGAGAUUGGUAGAGAUGUUGUUCGCUUGUGCUUGUACAUGUAUCCUGCUACACAGUCUCCAUCAUCAUCAUCGUCAUCAUCAUCAUCAGCAGCAGCACCACAGUACACAUCUAGCGAUGAGCUGACUACAUGUGGUCACCAACUGUCAUUGCAACCGCC